AUGUAUACCCACCGAGGGGCCUAUCUUGCGGCGCUCGCUAAUGUCGUGGAAUCAAACUUGAACGUGGACCCCGGAAGGUGUAAAUACCUCUGGACCCUCCCCAUGUUUCAUGCCGUGGGCUGGACCUUCCCCUGGUCGGUCUGCGCGGAAGAAGGAGUCACCCACUUCAAUGCUGCCCCAACCGUAAACACCCUGCUCUGCUCCGCUAAGGAAGCCGAGAGGCUUCCCAGGCCGGUCAAGGUGACAGUGGCCGCAAGCCCCCACCGCGCACUUGUUCGAGCAAAUGGCCAACCUCAACCUCAUCCCCGCCACGUCUACGGCCUUACCGAAUCCUACGGACCUCUCACCGUGUCUUACGAGCUUCCCGCCUGGGAGUCCCUCCCACCCAAGGAGAAGUUCGCCAAGCUUGCUCGCCAAGGCCACGGAUUCAUCACCUCCCUCCCCGUGCGUGUCGUCAAGACCAAGUCCGAGGAGGACGCGGAUUCGGUUGACCCCUCGGAGCCCCAGCUAACGGACGACACCCUCAUCGACGUCGCCAAGGACGGAAAGGAGAUUGGUGAGAUCGUCUUCUUCGGCAACAUAUGCGCCAAGGGGUACUAUAAGGACCCCGAGGCGACCAGGAAGCUAUUCUUGGGCGGUGGCUUGAGAACGGGCGACCUGGCGGUCUGGCACCCGGACGGAAGCGCGCAGAUCCUCGACCGGGCCAAGGACAUCAUCAUUUCGGGUGGAGAAAAUAUCUCUUCCGUCGCACUCGAGUCUCUAUUGGCCGAGCACCCCGGCAUCCUCGAGGUCGCCGUCGUAGCCGUUCAGGACUCGCAUUGGGGCGAGCGCCCCAAAGCGUACAUCACGGCCAAGGACCCGUCCAACCCGCCCACGCAGGAGGAGAUCAUCACCUGGGCCAAGGGAAAGACGGCGGAUCCCAAGGCGGGAAAGAGCGGUAUCAGCGGGUUCAUGGUGCCCCGGGAUGUGGAGGUGCUCGAUGAGCUGCCCAAGACCAGCACGGGCAAGAUUAGGAAGAAUAUCUUGAGGGAAUGGGCAAGGAAAUGA